AAAGAUAAUGUGAAAGAUUUUGCGCAUACAACACUUCUUUUUGUCUGUAGGCAUUGCGCUGAAUCUAAGUGAUAGCAGAUGUUCAUAAUGAGUGUGUAAAUCAAAUUUCGUGCGUUUGUGAGUCACUGAAAACAGCGAUAAUCGGACUAGACAGGAACAAAGUCCCCAAUAAUAUAUAAAAAUCUGAAUCGGUAUUCUUGUACUUUUUUCUUAAAAUUAAUAUAACAAAUAUGUCAGGCUUUGACGCUAAUCCUUUCGCGGAUCCUUUUGCUAGCAGCCCCUUUUCAGAUCCUGCUGUUACUAGAGUGACGAAUCAAACAAAUGUCAACCAAACAGGUUUGGAUGACUAUAAUCCUUUCGCAGAUCAACAGCAGUCCCAACAAAAUAUUUUAUUACAGAAAACUACCAGUGGAACAUUACCUCAAUAUAGUACACCUCAAAUGAAGCCUGAAUCUACACAACCAGCUGUAAUGCAGCCUAUAGCUGAACCACCUCCUGCAUACAGUCCAACUGCUGCUCAGCCAUUGAUUUCUGCUGAACUACAAAGAAAAGAAGAGGAAUUGAGAAGGAAAGAAGCUGAACUUCAAGCAAAAGAAGAAGCUUUGAGAGCUGGAACUUUUGACGGUACAGUUUUUCCAUUAUAAAAAAUUUUCCUUUGC